AUGCCCAACUACAUCAUCUACUGCAAGCCUAAAGCAACCGAAGAACAGGUGCAGAAAGUCAGACAGGAUGUGCUCGACAAGGGCGGCAGGAUCGGCCACGAGUAUUCAUUGACCGGGGGCAUCUCUAUUACCUUUGACUACGAUGAAGAUAUUAUCAAGCCCUUUUACGCUCACCCCUACAUUCAGCGAAUCGAGAGGGAUUCGGAGUUCGCGACGCAGUAG